AUGCAGCAACCGCAACCAGUACCUAAAUCUGAAUCAAGCUUGGAAGAUAUCAUGAAGCAGCUCGUUGCCAACAAUCUCCAGUUUCAGCAAAGGACCGACACUGCCAUACAAAAUUUGGAGACACAGAUUGGACAGCUGGAAACCAACAUCAGUGAGCUACGGAGUCAAGGUUCGGGUCAGUUGCCUUCACAGCCAGUUUCAAAUCCAAGGGGCAAUGUAAGUGCUAUCGUUCUCCGCAGUGGCAAGGAGUUAAGCAGCCCACCCUCUCCACAACCAGAAUUUGGGCAGCAACAAGAAAGCCAAAAAGAAGAUCAGCCUCCUCCCAUUCAAAAGGACAAGCAGCCCACCACCAUUGAUCAAGAUAGAGGAGAGACUUCUCACAACCAUCCAUUGCCAUUUCCUCACCGAGCCACUCAAAAUAAAAAGAGGGCAGAAGCUGAGUUGGACAAGGAGAUCAUGGAAACUUUCCAAAAAGUUGAGGUGAACAUACCACUCUUGGAGGCCAUCAGACAGAUUCCCAAGUAUGCCAAGUUUCUCAAAGACUUGUGCACCCACAAAAGGAAACUGAAAGGAAAUGAAAAAAUCAACUUGGGAAGAAAUGUGUCAGCAUUGAUUCAACCUGCCAUGCCUCAGAAAUGCAAAGAUCCAGGGACUUUCACCAUUCCUUGCACUAUUGGAAAUUUGCAAUUUCAUAAUGCUAUGUUGGAUUUAGGAGCCUCUAUUAAUGUGAUGCCUAAAUCUGUGUAUUCUUCUUUGCAGGCAGGUGCAGGCACAUUGACAUCUACAGGAGUGGUGGUCCAGUUGGCAAAUAGGAGCACAGCAUACCCUGAGGGAGUAUUAGAGGAUGUAUUAGUAAAGGUAAAGGAUUUCAUAUUCCCUGCUAACUUCUAUGUUUUGAAUAUGGAGGAUGAUCACACACCCGGACACGCACCACUUAUUCUAGGUAGACCCUUCUUGAAAACUGCAAGGACAAUAAUUAAUGUGCAUGAGGGUACUUUAUCUAUGGAGUUCGCUGGUAACACCAUUCAAUUCAAUAUCAUUGAUGCCAUGAAGUAUCCCUUAGAAGAUCAUUCUGCCUUGCAUGUUAACUUUAUUGACUUAACGGUGGAGAAAGCAUGUGUUGAGUUGUAUAAUCUUGAGUCUGAAUUCCCCACCAUCCAUAAUUUUCCUGAUGAUAUGCAUUGCCCUCAGAGUCAUGACAGACUCAGUAAGUGUAGUGUUUGUUCUGAAAUAGAUGAGUUUUUGAGUAUUGUUGAGAGUGCACCUUCUCAUACUAUAUCCGAUUCUCAUGUGCCUCCCAUAGAGGAAGUUUCUGUUGUUGAGAAUGUAGUGCAGGUAGGUGGCAACAUAAACAGACUGGUGCCUUCAAUUCAACAACCACCCACCUUGGAGUGUAAGCCCCUGCCCGAGAAUCUGAAGUACGCCUAG